GCUCUUAGCUUGCUCCAGCUCCACCAUGUCCAGAACAUCAUACGAUAGAUAUCUCACUGUAUUCUCACCCGAAGGACGUCUAUACCAAGUUGAGUAUGCGUUCAAAGCAAUCUCUGGCUCAGGGCACACCGCAAUUGCCGUCAGAGGAAAGGAUACUUCCGUUGUUAUUACCCAACGUAAAGUUCCCGAUAAACUACUGGACGCGUCGACGAUCACCCAUCUCUUCAGCAUAACCCCUACCAUUGGCUGUGUAAUGACCGGUCUUAUAGCCGACGCACGCGCUCAAGUGGCCCGCGCUAGAUCUGAAGCUGCCGACUUUAGAUAUAAAUUCGGUUACGAAAUUACGCCCGACGCUCUAUCAAGACGGCUUGCCAACAUUAAUCAAGUUUAUACGCAGCGUGCUGCCAUGCGCCCAUUGGGAAUUGCCAUGAUUUUGAUCGGAAUCGAUCCAGAAUUUGGCCCUCAGUGUUUCAAGCUUGAUCCCGCAGGAUACUUUGUGGGAUUCCACGCAACCGCGGCUGGUCAAAAACAGCUAGAAGCCAUGAAUCAUCUCGAAAAGAAAUGGAAGAAACUGAAUUCUGGACGGGGUGGGGACGAUGCUGUGGCUGCAGGAAAGAGCCUUAGUCGAGCCGAGGUGAUUGAGAUGGCAAUCGAGGUCAUGUCCACGGUUCACGCAACUGAUUACAAGCCUGGGGAAAUUGAAAUAGGCAUUGUUUCGGUAGGAGAGACAGAGGACGAGAAAACCAGAGGAAUAUGGCGGGUAAUGGGUGAGGCCGAAAUCGAACGGCACCUUUUAGCAUAUGCAGAGAAGGACUAG